AUGAACAGUGCCUUUAGAGACACUGUCUACUCCACAGCCCUCGAACACCUUGGGCCAACAGUCCGCAGAAACCAGGACUGGUUCGACGAAAAUAACGAAAGUAUUGAAGCUAUACUGAACGAAAAAUAUCGAUUGCUCAGAGCGCACCAGAACGACCCAACGUCGCACGCCAAAAAGGACGCCUUCAAGAACGCAAAAGCAAAGGCCAUCGCCCGCCUACCCCAAGUGGCCAUCAACAAGGACCUUGACACCCUCCCCACGGAAGAAGAAGUCAGAGAGGCAACAAAACAAAUCUACGGCAAAGCCUUAGGACCCGACGAAAUCCCUGCCGAAGUGUACAAAGCAGGAGGCCCGAAUAUGUUUAAAAAGCUGACUGAACUAUUCCAGGUCAUGUGGAACGAGGGAAAGUUCCCACAACAAUUUAAAGAUGCCAACAUAAUCCACAUCUAUAAGAGGAAGGGCAACCGGCAGAAUUGUGAUAAUCACCGGGGAAUUUCACUCCUGUCUAUAGCCGGCAAGAUUCUGGCCCGCGUCCUACUGAACCGCCUCCUCCAUCAUCUGGAACAGGGACUCCUCCCAGAGACUCAGUGCGGCUUCUGGGCCAAAAGAGGAACUACAGACAUGAUCUUCGCCGCCCGCCAACUCCAGGAAAAAUGCCAGGAGCAACACUGCGACUUACUCGUGACUUUUGUGGAUUUAACGAAGGCCUUCGACACUGUCAGCAGAGAAGGAUUGUGGCGGAUCAUGGAGAAGUAUGGAUGUCCAAGUAAAUUCAUCACCAUCGUCAGACAGCUUCACGAUGGUAUGAUGGUGAAGGUGUUAGGGGACGGAGACGAGUCAGACACCUUCCCUGUGACCAACGGCGUUAAACAAGGGUGUGUCCUUGCCCCAACUCUUUUCAGCAUGGUAUUCUCCGCCAUGCUAACAGAUGCCUUCCACAGCAGUGAAGAUGGCAUCCGGAUCAGGUACAGAACCGACGGCAGGCUGUUCAACAUCAGGCGCUUCCAGGCUGCUACCAAGGUGAAAGAAACAGUCAUCAGGGAACUCCUCUUCGCCGAUGACUGUGCACUCAACGCUAGCACAGAAGAGUGUAUGCAAAACGAAAUUAACUGUUUCACCUUAGCCUGUGACAACUUCGGCCUCACCAUCAACACCAAGAAAACCGAAGUCUUGUACGAAUCAGCCCCUGGUCAACCAUACACAGUGCCACACAUCAUGGUGAAGGGACAGAAACUCCAGGCAGCUGACCACUUUACAUACCUAGGCAGCACACUUUCACGAGCCGUUCAUAUAGAUGCUGAAAUAAACACCAGAGUUGCCAAGGCCAGCGCCGCCUUUGGAAGGCUUCGCAAGAAUGUCUGGGAGCGCAGAGGAGUCAGCCUCUCCACAAAACUCGAGACCUGGACUGUCUACAGCAGACACGCCAAGCAGCUCAACCGGUUCCACCUGAGCUGUCUUCGUAAAAUCCUCCGCAUCCGAUGGCAGGACAAAGCCCCAGACACUGCUGUUUUAGAGCGAGCCGGAACACCCAGCAUCUAUACCAUCCUCCACAAAACGCGAGCCAGAUGGGCCGGCCACGUGAUCAGAAUGGCGGACAGCAGGUUGCCCAAACAGCUGAUGUAUGGAGAGCUGCUUCAUGGCAAGCGCUCAGUUCGGGGGCAGAAAAAACGUUUCAAGGACUGCCUCAAAGUCUCCCUCAAGGAACUUGGAAUCCUGAACGACUUGUGUGAAACGCUGGCGCAAGAUCGUCCAACGUGGCGCUGCAAGCUAACGAAGGGAGCCAAAGCAGCAGAGGCCAAGCGAAUCGCCGAGGCUAAACAAAAACGCAACGUGCGCAAGUCCAGACCUGCCUCCACCACAAGUCCAACAGCAGACUACCCGUGCCCACAAUGUGGGCGAACCAUUCGAGCCCGGAUAGGACUUAUCAGCCAUCUCCGGACUCACAGUAACCGUCAACAGAUCAAUUUGUGA